UCAAGUAGUGAAAUUAUUGUAAGUUUUUUUUAAAAUUAGUAAAUUCAUUAUUUUUAUAUUUACAAUAUUUAGUCUUGCAAGUAUUUUUCUCAAUAGUGUUUAUUCUCAAGAGAAACCGCUUACAGACGAAUUUGAAGACGUCUACAUUGGUGUAUUUAUUUCCCCAAAAUUUUACGCGAAUAGAGAUCGAGAUAUUAAGAUUCAUUGGAUUCAUAAAAAUUUUCAGCCAGGAGACAAAAUAGGAUUAUAUAGUGAAAAACCAGGAGAUAAUGUUAAACCUAUUUCUAUUUUUAAUGUUACUGCGGAAAAUGAAAUUGGAAUAACAGAAUUAAAAAUUAAUUUAAUUUCUUGAGUAUUUUAAUUUAUUUGUUAGUUUUACGAUGUUAUUUAUAAUUGUUUAUUUUUAUUUUCAGAUUAUCAUGUCGCUUUGUUGAGAUCUGGGAAAAUUAUAAAAGAAAAUUGUUUGAAAACUGAACCAUAACUUGGAUGUAUGAUAUGAAAUGUGCUUUGGGACAUAAAUCGCUAUUAGACAUUUUUAUUCCAGGAACACAUAAUUCUGCUGCUUAUGAUACAUCGUCUUCAUUAAUUGGAGAUUUUUUCUACAAAAAAUACGUUAUGAAUCAGGACAAAAACAUUCUCGAACAAUUAAUACACGGAGCACGAUAUUUAGAUAUUCGUGUGUGCUGACAACGAAGAAGUAAAAUUAAAUGGUGGGGAUGUCACGCAUUCAGCACUAUUCCAAUGCAAACAAUUAUUAAUGAUGUGAAGAUGUUUCUCGAUAAUACCAAUGAGAUUGUUAUCUUUGAUGUGCAGGAAUUUUCUUCAAAUUUUAAUGGAAAUUUAACAAUUCAUGAGGAAUUUAUAGAGUUUUUAAAAACUGAAUUCAAUGACUAUGCAUUACCGUAUGCGGGCUGGAAUGUACCAUUAAAUAAAAUUUGGUCGCAGCAGAAGAAGAAGAACUUAAUAAUUGCUUACGAUGACCAUCGAUUUUUUAAUCAUUUUUUCUUAUGGCCAAGUGUGACUCAACAAUGGGGCAACGUUCAAUCUCGAAAUGAUUUAUUCUUGUAUUUGAGGAAAGUCGAGGAUGAAGCUUUAAGUUCAAGGAAAAUCUGUAGAUUUCAUCGAAUCCUCCGGAAUAGUUGACGUUGCUCUUAGAAUUAAUUCAUUAAGAUUUAAGAAUACAUGUCAACCUCAACUGUAACAUUAUUAUUUUCUAUAGAAAAAUAAGCUUUUUUUUUUAAAUACGAAAUAUAUAUUU